AUGCGAAGUUUUGUUUUAAUAAUGGGAACCGAUUUAAAGCGCAAAAUCUAUUUUCGUUGCGGCAAAUUAUCCUCAAUGCAAAAACAGCUGCGUUGUAGUUUCAAGGAUUCAUUUCAAGCGUGUUAUGUUAAAUUAUGGUGCUCGACAUCUACAGAAUUCAAUUUUGAACCACCGAAAGAUGAUUCAUGGCAUCAACUGUAUCAAAGUGGAAUCUUUUCAAGCAUACAAUGUGUCGGUAGUGAAGAAGACAUCUACGUCGAUCAAUUUCUAAGAAUGGUGUCGUAUCAUUUAAUCAUGUUCUAA